UGUCCAUGAAACAUUAAUUUUCUUAAUGUUAAACGACAUUAAUAAGAGGCUUGUAUGUGACUUGGUUUGUUUUUCUUUCUCAGUGUGGAGUUUUUAAAAGGAAAUACUGUCCAUUGUGUAACUUCAUACAUAUUGACCCACUCUGUGAUGAAUAAAUCCGUUUUUAUAGUAAAAACAAACCUUUAUCGGACACCUCUUCUGAAUAGCGGUAAACCACAACUCAAGAGGACUUUUAAUCUUUUAAGUUUAUCAAAAAAAAAAAAGUUCAUCCCUGUCCUAACAUUGAUCGACUCUUAUACCGAAAUAUCACAUGAAGUUUAUGUAUGUGUAUAGGAAAGUUAAACAAUUGAAAAGGAAGAGGUUAUUAAUAAUAUAAAAGAAUUUAUUUGAUGGGCGAAGAAUAAUUCUGACAUUGUUUUGAUAGUUUAAAAUCACAACCAGGAUGGUGCAGUUUAAGGGCAUCAAUCGAGCCCAGCUCACAUUACAAGAGCUGCAGGACCUUGCGGAGCGACAACGGAAGCAAAUUCUCUACAACAGCAAGGAGCUUAUGGAAAAACAACAGCAACUUAUGAAAAUGCAUCAAGACUUUCGAACACGUUUGAAAAAGCCAGAAUCACCAAGAACACAAGGGGUAUCUCCACGGUCACCUGUGGAACCGCCUCCAUCGCCAAGAGGUACAAAGCCGUCCCCAAAAUCACCAGUAGGUAAACGAGAGCAGGACCAGUACGCAAAGAUGUUGCGAGAGACGUAUAGUUCGGUUAGUAGGAUGCAAGGACGAAACAGUCUGCAGAAGGAAGUGGAUGUCAGAAAGUUUAGCAAUGUUGAACUCGCUCAUGAGCUUGAAAAAGUACGUGCAAUUUUUUCAUCGAAACAAAAUGAAUUGGCCGACGCCGUGAAGAAAGUGGACGUUUUAACGCAUGAAUUGGAACAAAGAAAAAACGGCGAUUCUAGUUGGGGUUCGGUACCUACUCCGGAACGAAUAAAUCGCCGGAAGAAAAUACAGGCAGCUAAAGAUGAGCUGGAUCGACUACGUAACGAAUUGAUUGUACGAAAUGAGAUGAAUUCUCAACAAAGUCAUCAAUUACAGCUUCAGCGAGAUAUUAUUCACGAAAAGAAGCAGGAAUUGCGCGAUUUAAACAGUCGCAUGAACGAGUUAAACAUAGCGUUAAAGAAGAAAGGCGGUAAACUCGAUCCCAACCGUAAAAUACCGAACCAUUUUGUGAAUGGCGGCCAGCAAGUACUUUUUAACCAGAAUUAUUUGCAAGAUACUCUUAGCAGAAAAAAAAAGCAAGUUAUCCAAGACAUCAAUGCUAAUCACGUGACCGUGCCUCCACCAAUGAGUAACGGUAUAGUAAAUGGUGAAAAGGAGGACCUGCCCUCCGUGUUUCAAGAAACGCCGAUUUCAGGUAAUCAAAUAUGGCGGAAUAACCACUCACUUAACAUUCAAACAGAUGGUUUAAAUAAUAAACCCUCUCCGUUACAUUCUCCGUCUUCUUCUAUUUCGUCACUCUCCUCCUUGUCGUCGACGUCAGUUACCACACCUGAUGACCUCUCUAAACCGUUUCCAUUCAGUCGUGAUACUGCUCCACCGCCGCCGCCCAGAACGACACCAACGGGUGUUUUGAAAAAUCGAAACGAAGCAGAAGCGAAAGCACCGAACGAAGAAUUUCUCGCGCAUUUACGAGCGCAAAAACAAAAAAUAAGUAAACUACAAGGAGAACUGGAGACCGUAAAUAAAACGUUAACUCCGUAUACAGACUCGAAACUGUCUAUGGACAGUGAUAAGUUACGUAAAUAUGAACAAUAUGGUGACGCCACAAGUAGUUAUAUUGUUGACACGCUAUCAAAAACUAAACCGCCACCGCCCGUUAAACCAAAACCUGCAAUCGCUAAAAAGCCUGUAACGACUGGAGAGGAGGGUUUGGACUCUGUAGACCGAGCAGCCCCGGGUAGAAAAUUGUCAUUAUUAGACGAUGACGUCAGCGAUAUAACACCUGUGGAGGAACAUUCAUCUCUCCUACAUAAAUUAACUCACGAAGUUUUACCGAAGGAUGCGAACGACCAAGAUGGAGAUGAAAUGUCCUGGCCGUCUCCACCUACUGCGGAAAAUAUUCCCGAUGAACCAGAUGAUUUUGAGUUGUCGUUUGCCGAUAUUGACGAGAUAAACGAGAUACAAACAGACUUGUGGAGUAACAGUGAAGAAUCUUCCGUGAAUUCUCAAAACUCGUACGAUAGCGACUUUGAUGACAUCGAGAAAGCGGUUGUUCCCGUUGUUAUUAGCGUCUCACCCGAUAAAAUGCCGCCACCGAUAUUAAUGAAACCCGAUAAACCACGCAAGCAAAAGAGACGAGUUGUACUCGAACCAUUUGCAUUAUUACUCGAUUCUGCAUUAGAAGGCGAGUUAGAUGAAGUAAAAGAGAUUCUAAAACAGGUUCCAGACCCCAGUAAACCAAACCCGGAAGGAAUAACAGCUCUUCAUAAUGCUGUUUGUGGAAAUCAUAAGGAUGUAGUAAAAUACCUCGUCGAAGUUGCGUGUGAUAUAAAUUUGCCCGAUAAAAAUGGAUGGACGCCAUUGCACUGUGCAGCAUUUUACAACGACACUGAACUCUGUUCCUACUUGGUAGAACACGGGGCAUCUGUAUUUGCCACCACUUACGCUGAUUACCAGACCCCCGCUCACAAGUGUUCUCGUUUGGAUGACAACUACGACGAAUGUUUUGGUUAUUUACACGAAUGCAAAGAAAACGUCGGUAGAAUAAACGGCGGAUUGGUGCACGCACUAUACGACUAUACGUCAGAGAACGAUGACGAGUUAAGUUUCUAUUGUGGCGACGAACUUACGGUGCUGCGAAGAGGCGAUACCGUAGAAAAGGAAUGGUGGUGGGGUAGAGAUAGGAAAGGAAAUACAGGCUACAUCCCCUGCAAUUUAGUUGGUAAUUAUCCAAGGAUAGCUGCAGUUGUUUGAGUACAAUCAAGUCAGCAGACGCAAGUGAAAUUUGACGUGGACAGUCCACGAGAUGUUUUACCGCCUUAAGAAUUCAUAAAAAUUGUCACAACGUGCACACAAAAUUGUCACAACGUACACACAAAAUUGUGGUGAGUUUGAACACGGAUUCAAGUUCAUUAUAAGAUUCUACUACAAAGAUUAUGUAAAUACAUUUUAUGCUGACUCAACAUUUUUAUACAUUUCAACCUGUAAUCCAAUUUAUUUUUAUAUUUGUCGUGGAAAAUUGUAGAAAUAGUCUUUAAAUUUUGUUUAUAACUCAAUCAAAUCUCUCUAACGUUGUUGUUGUUUUUUCACACAUACUUCUACGGCCAAGCUUACUAAUUGUACAAGUGAUGGAGGGUGACAUAGGCCUAUAACUUGCGUGUUAAUUUAUCUGCUCUACUACUUCAAUUUGAAACUCAGUUCUCUAAUAUUAUGUGCCCGUCUUUAAGGUUAUGACAAAUAGGGGUGAUACAGGUAUUAAUUUAAUACGCCCUAACGGCCUCUGUUAUAUACCUCCCAUUGGUGUUGGGCGGUCUGACAUUGGUUGAAAUUAUUUUUUGUAUGAAAAAUGAUAAUUUGUUUAUAAAUUACUCUCUUGAAAUAAACUGUAAAUGAAAUAA